UGUGGUGAUAAUCACUAAUAGACGUACAUGCCGUACUUUUUCAGGAAACACUUAAAGAUGGGUAAACAAUAUACUUUUAUUGAAUAACAUACACAUGUACAAUAUGUAAUUAUCAGACAUCAUAAUGGGUUCAGCAUACCUUUGCAUAUUACACUCGACUUGCUUUAAGGAUUCGGAAAAGUAAAAUGCAGCUUCUUGGGUAUUGUAUUUUAUUUAUCAUCACUCUUGUCUGGCACUGUUCUGGUUCUGUAUUGUUCAAAAUGUGGCCCAUGGGUAGUUACAUGGCAACAAUACCAAUAUACAUUUACACCGACGUUGAAGAAUUCGAUACGUGCAUACUGAAGUGCUUCCUGCACUCAGCCUGCGUGGCGAUCAACUUUCAUGAGGAAACUGCAACGUGCGAGGUCCUGGAGUCAGUUGAUUGCAACUUUAAAAGGGUGACUUAUGAUGGCCAUGGAAAGUGGAGAGUAGCACAUUCAUUACCAGCCUCUGGUUGUGUCGCCCAAACUCGAAUUGGUUGCUAUAAGGAUUCCCAGAGUGACAGAGAUAUGCCACUUCGUGCGUAUUCAGACACAUCAAACAAUCACCCGGACAGAUGUUCAACUGCAUGCAGGGAAGCCAACAGUGAUUACAUAUAUUUGGGUGUUCAAAACGCCCGGGGCUGCUACUGUGGAUCGACCUUUGGAAAACAUGGUACAGCAUCUUCAUGUUCGAAGGCUUGUACCGGGGACCCAUCUAUUAAAUGUGGAGGCUUUGAAAAACAGGAUAUCUACGAGAUAUAUGACUUACCUUAAUUGUAAAACGUUCGUUAAACAGUCAAGUCAAGUAACUAAGUUAACAUUCGAAAAUAAAAAUCUCAAAAAUCGUACAUCUUUGAUUUCCAAAAUGUUAUUAAGAUUUUAACGUAUUAAUUUUGAGUACAUCUCGAAUCAAUUCUCAACAAAGCUUUCGCGAAAUA